AGUGUCAGUGACGGACACUGAACUGACACCGUGCCUUCAGUAGUCUUAGUCUCGGACGCGUGGUGGCCACACCAAUUGGACCAGUACAAGGCCAAUACGGAUACUGGAUUAACAAUUAUACACCAUCUUUCGGAACAAUACCCAGCUAACUCAGUGCAAUAUCAUCUCAAAUAACCCAAACAGCGUUCUUGAAUGCCAAAUAGCAUCUCUUUGGGUUCACCUUUUUUGUCUUCUCGCCCAUUAUCAAGACCAUCGUCGCGCACUUCGGUUCAGUCUGCGCGGGCGAUCAGUCCUUCCGUCCCCAUAGAUGAUUCAGUGGCCGUUCGAAACCAGGUAUCCUCGUUGAAACAUUCUAUUAGACAGAAGCAAGCCCAGUUACAUACCCUAGAAAACGUUAUCUUGCGCGGACCUCGACCACUUCCUCCUGGUUUUAUGUCUUCUCCCCCUCAUUCACCUGUAGAGGUUUUGGACAUAAGCUCUCCUCCAAGCUAUUGCUCUUCCCGUCCUCCAAGCUAUGACUCUUCUCCAAAAGUAAAGAGGCGGUCAAGCUUUGACGUUCUCCACGGACUUGCGGGCCCGGAAUCAAGUUUACCGCUCCCGAGACGAGAUGGUAAUGGGAUAGCAUCAAUGAAGCAAGACGGCAUUCGCGAAGGAAUUCCAAUGGAUUUUGGUCCUAGUUCAUCAACGCCAACUGCUUAUAAGCGAAUAUCGAGCCCAACGCGGACUCUUAGUCGCAUACCUAAGGCUUCAGUCGGCAAUGCUCGGGCAUUGGCCGAUGAAGGUUCAACUCCUCGCCGCCGGUCACCUUCAGUUCCUCCGAUAGAUGCCAACGCAGCCAAUUCUUCUUCUUCAACACUGAGUCCUUCGACACCAUCUCUUCAACCUCCUGCUUCGCCAAACCGACGUAUUUCUUUGACACCUGGGGGCACUACAAGAGUUCUGGCUGACCUACAGACAGGUGUUAGCAAUGCGAAACAUGCUCUUGAGAACACCAAAGGGCAACUAAGGGUGUCUCAAAGAACAGUCGCUCAGUUGACUAGACAAACAGAAGAUUUAAAGGAAAGUCGAGAGCGCCUGAGACUUGAGAAUGAAGGGCUAAAUAAUGUCGUUGCUCGAAAAGAGCGGCUUCUUCAAGAGUUACUCGAACGGGCCCGUAAAGCUGAAGCAGAGGCUGCUACCCUCAAAUCUCAGCUCAAAUCAGAAACGGCUACCUCGAAAAAAUCUUUACGAGAGAUGGAAACAGCUCUUGCAGAAUCUAGUGCUUUAUCUCAGAAAUGUGAACGAGAGUAUAUCACACUCCGAGAUAGCUUGAAAUCUAUGACAGAAAGCUGGAAAACAGAUACAGGUCGACUACGGGAAGAGAUGCGGAAAAGAGAGGAGAAAUCAAGGAAGGAGAUGGAAAGCGUUGGCAAAAAAUACAAACUAUUGCUGGAGGAAGUGAAAGCCGCGGAGACUGACCGAGAAACUAUUAAAAGCCUUCGCUCCGAGGAUGACACAGUAAGGAAACAGAUCGAGGACAGUUUUCGUCAGGAAAUUGGUCAGCUCAAGCAACAAGUGGAGAGCUUUUCACAAAAAAGUGAAAAAUCAAAUCGGACUGCGGAUCACUUGUCGGGUGAACUGGCACGCCUCCGAAGGCUCAUGCAGACCGCUGAUCAGUCUGCUCCACCACCAUCAGUCGAUGGGACAUAGGGGACACGCAUCGCUUUCAUUCAUAAUCACGCACUUGCCAUUUGAAUUUGGAUCCAUGAAAUCAUAGGUUCUAAGGACAGUAUUCAUAUCUAAGUCGAUGACUACAAAAACCUUUCUAUCGCUCAUUUAACUUGCACAUUUAUUUUCGCACCUUUCAUUUGCCCUGCUAGCAGUUCUGUCGUAUACCCGUGUCGCUCCUGAUAAUAAGCAAAUGUAUUUAUGUUACCGCUACCAUC